AUUGAGACGCUUGUCGUACUAGGAAGUUAUUUCACUUGGUUGUUUAUCACGAAGCUGGAUAUUUUCAUUGUUCUCGUUGUCAUGAUUGGUAAUCACUUCUGUUGAAGAUUUAGUUUGUGGAAGGUUUAACAUGUACUGGUAUUGAUUUGCUGCGUCUGCUACAAUAUGAAGACCAUCUGUUUACUCCUGAUCAGCCUUGGGCAUCUUAUGUGGUUUUCUUCUGCAUGCCAGCUCUGCUGUAAUUGUGGAAGUUUCUUGCCGAAUGAUCCAUUUUACUACACAAAUGAAACUAGCAUCCUGACAUGUGCAUUGAACAAACCAUCCAAGCUCAUAAAUGCGUCAGAUUUGUAUAUCACAUUCAAUGGUACAGAGGUGGAUCAGUCCUUCAUGACCAUAGUCAAUGAAACUGCUGUUGCAUUUACAAAGGUGGUUAGGAAGCUGGAGGAUGAUGGAAAGUACCAAUGUAGAAUCAGACAAGUUACUGGAAAUGAAGGUCUUAUUGGCACGGUGACUCUAAAAGUAGAUGACCCUUUAGAACCCAUUAAUGACAUUGAGUGUAUCUGGCACAAUUGGAAGGACAAGCUGGUGUGUACAUGGAUCCUUCCUCCAUACCGCUACAUGCAGUACAUCAAGGUGGACCUUUCUUGGUGUAACUUUAGCUUUAACUGCAGGUACAAUGGGGCAACAAAUAAAUGUCCAAACAUGGAGAACAAGACAGUUUGUACCUGGAGUAAAAGUGAUGCUUCACUAGACACAAUCACAUGGGCGUUCAUACUGACUGUCAGGAACACUCAACAUGGAAAUGACACCAGGCAGGGGAGUUGGAUACAAAAAAUUGUGAAAGAUAACGUGAAGCCCAGUGCAGUGAAAUCAUUCAACCAAACUUUCACCAACGAGAGCACCUGUCUACUGCUGACCUGGGUAUACGAUACAAACAUCGCCCCUUCUAGAGAGAAGCACUUCAGAAUUCAGUACUCGCCUGUUACAGACCCGUCACACAAUAAUACGGUGUGGAGCGAUGGAGACCAUGUGACCGUAUGUCAGCUGACUCCCUACACGCUGUAUGAGUUUACUAUCGCUGUCCACCCAGACAGGGCUGCAGUGAAGGGCUACUGGAGUGACUCGGUCACCCAUCAAUUCCGCACUGAUCAAGAUGUUCCUAGGGCAGCCCCCGAGAUGGUUGGAUAUAGACACCUUACAGAACCAGGUAUCAACAAACAAGGGACUCAUGCGGAAAUCAUUUCGACGGUAUUUUGGAAGUUGAUACCAAAGGAGGACAGGAAUGGUUUGAUCACAAGGUACAGUGUUAACAUCACAGACCUGUCUCCAGGGGGUGUUACUACGGAGAAAAUACUCUUAAACACACAGAACAGCAACACAAACCUGAACCUCCACUGUAACAAACUCUACAAUGUGUCCAUCACUGCUGCAACCAUCAAAGGAUACUCACCUGUCCACUCCAGCCUCAUCAUCAACACCACAGGUUUUUCACAACCAGUACUUAUGGUGGAGCGUAAUGCCUCAAUCUACAACAUAUCGUGGACUGUGCCCUGGCCCGCGGACUCCCUCACAAGUUUCAAUGUGGUCUACUGCAAGCAGCUUGGGUCACAGCAAGACUGUUCUAGUGAGCUUGAGAAGGCGAUUGUCCCUGAUCCCCGUACACACCACCAAACUUUGUCCCUGAAGUCUGACACGACAUACCUGUUUGGUGUGUCACUCAUCAGGGCUGGAGUUGCCAGUGCUGCUACGUUUGAGAGCUGUGUUUACGUUGUCACUGCAGCCCCAAAUCCACCUGAGUUCUCUGUCGAUGACAGCAUUGGAGAUAACAGCCUACGGAUAUCGUGGGAUUCUAUCGCAUGCAACAACCAACAACCUUAUGUGAGAAGUUUUACUGUCAUAUGGUGUCCAAUUAACAAACAACAGGAGAAUCGGUGUAUUGGUCCAAAGCACUCUGUGGUAAUCCCGUCCACAUCCAAAACAGAAUACAUCAUCAAGAAUCUAGAGAAGGAUGUACGCUUUGGUGUGACAAUGUCGAGCUCUUCUUCAUCACAGACUAGCCGCCUAAGUGACAUGAAGUAUGGUACACCAACAAACAAUGCCCUUACAACAGGCCAAAUCGCAGGCAUUGUGGCCGCGGCUCUCUUUGUUACCAUCCUUGUCAUUGCUGGAGUGAUUUUUGCCUGCAGAAUAGCAAAGAGUGAAAUGAUGAAAAUAAGAACUCCAUAUGUCAUCGAUGUUCCAGAACUUGAAAAGGAUUCUAGUCCCAAUGGUUCUACAGGGUCGUCCAGGUGUACAAACAAUUCCCAACAACCCUUACUGCCAAACCACAGGGAGUUGAAUGGCCAUGCUAUUCAUGGUCAAGAUAAUGCUGUCAUUUCAAAGAGUGACCAAACAAAACGUCAGAUUAGUCACGACAGUGGAAAGGGGGGCAGCUUGUCGUCGGAGCCUGACAUGCCUGAUAGACUCCUUCCUGUCCCUGAGGAUGAUACCAAAUCCUACACUAGGGAACAAAGUGAUGGUAAAAUUAGGAGUACCUCGGGUUCCUCAGUGAAUAACACCUACUCUGUGCUGCACACCACAAACCCAGAUGGUCAGACAUCUGUGGAGCCUGUGUCAGACCCACAUGGUGAAGUACAGGUUAACCCUACUGAAAUCACUGCUAUGUUUGUAGGAGUUUCUACCACCUAUAGGGACUCUACUGGCGUUGAGGAUGGAUACAAAAGUCCUGACCAGAUCAUGUGUGACAGUGGAGAGGACGAGUCAACUAUAGAGGACAGCCCGACUGUAACUAAAGAUAUAGAUCAUAUGAUUUCUUCAUGUAGUAAUGCUGUACAGUCAGGCAUCACACACAUACCUUCCACUGAGAAUGGGACUAUGUCACAGGAAUCUACCACUACAGAAGGCAAUUCAUCAAGCCCUUUACGUUACACUAUGAUGGACACCUCAGCCAGUCUGGUAGACCCAGUAAGACAGAAUAGACAGUUAGCUAUAGACACUGCUGUAGCGAUGUGUCCUGAGGAGGAGCAGGAUAGUGUAAGUGAUGGCUAUACCAGCCAAAACAAUGGCUAUACCAGCCAAGACAAUAUAGGAAUGUUGGCUCAGGACAAUACACAGGAGCAGCAUCUAUCUUCCUCUCUAAGUAUAGAGGUGCCAUUAUCAGGGACAUGCAAUACUCUUCAGACAACUGUAUCAUGAUCCCAUGUUUUCUUACUUUCAAUGAUAUAACUUCAGAAACCAGUGAUUAACAUAUUUUUCUACCACAAUACCCUGUGUUAUUCAACUCUCAGACCAUCAGUUAAUCAUUACAGCUGUUGAUUAACAAUCUGUUUAUACCACACGUGG